AUGCGCGCGCUCAUCCGCGGAGAGGGAGCUGCUGCGGCGGACGGGGGCAGGGGGAACGAGACGGGUGGGGGAAAGGCGGCGCUGGAUGCGCUGAUGGCCGAAGGCGCGGCGGUGAAGGGGAAGGCGGGGGGCGCAAUGGGCGCACAGAGCGCAAUGGCGCAGCUGGUGGCGGGGGAGGGGGAGGGGAAUGGGACUGGAGCAGGGGGAGAGUUCGGGGGAAGCGGGGGGGAGGAGCUGCGGACGUGGCGGAGAGAGUGGCUGAAGGAGGGGCGGGCGCAGCGCAGGCGGGGGGAUGCCGCGCGGAGGAGAGGCGAAGGGGGACAGCAAUGGCGGGGAUGGGCGGGAUAUGGCCCGGAAAAUAAGCCCCCCCCUCGAGUGGCCAUCUGUCUGGUGGGCGGCGCACGCGAGUUCCAUCUGACGGCGCCCACGCUGCAGCGCCACCUGCUGCCCGCCUACCACUCGGCGCACGUCUUCCUGCUCGCCCCUCUGGACCACUCCGCCCACCGCCUCUCCCUCCUCGCCUGGCCGCAACUGGGGGCAGCGCGCCUGGGGGAACUGGGGGGGAGCGCGGGGGGAGCUGGGGGAGCGGGGGAAGGGGUGGGGGGAGGGGGUGAGCGGCGGGGUGGAGAUUUUCCCAGGUACUCCCUGGUGCAGGUGAGCGUGCUGCCGGACGUGCCGGUGAAUGAGACAAAAAUCACCGACCGGCUGCUGGAGGUGGUGGAGGGCAGCGAGGCGCAGACGCGGCAGGGGCUGAUGCAGCAGUUUAAAGCCGUAGAACUCUGCGUUACUGCCAUCACGCGUUACGAGAAAACCCACGCGAUCCGAUAUGAUUGGAUUCUGCGAACCCGCGUGGAUGGGUAUUGGAUGGGCCCCCCGCCGCCCCUGUCGGUGCUGGAUCCGAUUGCGUACACGAUUCCGGGCGGCAGCGACUGGGGCGGGCUGAACGACCGGCUGGGGAUGGGCGGCAGGAAGGCCAGCUGGAAGGCGCUGAGACGGCUGAGCGUCUUGCGGCCGCUGGUGGAGCGCGGGGGGUACAGCGAGCUCAAUGCGGAACGGGUUUACCUGGCGCAAAUGGCGUUCCUGCAGGUGCAGGUGGCACGAUACGACUUCCCCUUCUGCAUCCUCAGCCGCAAAAAGGGUCUGCCGGCCUUCCCUGUGGCUGCCGCCCUCUCCUCCACUGCUGCCGCCCUCAACGGCGCUAAGUGCCGCCCCUGCCGCCCCACCGUGGUCGGCGGGCAGGCCGCAAAAUACAUCCUCGCGCUGCCCGAGCGAAUCUUCGGCGCGCAGCCACACGGGAUCGACCUGUGCCGGGCAGAGGACGACUGGGCGGCAGACUGGCGCGAAAUCUUCGAUAAAGACGCAGGAGAGGUCCCAGCCGCCGCCCGGCAGUACAUGGAAACGCGAACCUUUGAUGAGUGUGUGGAAGACUGGCGCUACUUCCACCAGCAGGUGCCCGUCUGGAACGCACCUCCCCCAGUCUCCAUCUGCGUGCGCGGGCUUCUAGGAAAGUUCCACAAGAUGGGGUACCCGGGGGGGGAUUUCCCGGUGUUUCUGGACCCGUGGGUGGGGGCGCGGGGGGAGGCGCGGGGGAGGAAGCCGGUGGUGUAUUCGUCAGUGGCUGGGGUGGACUACAGCUUUGACUGGGCGCUGAUGCGCAAGCUGCGGUGCCGCGUGCACGCGUUUGACAGCACGCCUGAGGGCAUGCGGUGGAUCGGGGACAAGAUUGACAACUUGCCGCCUGCCUCAUGGGUGCACCAUGCGUGGCUGCUGGCACCGCAUGACUGGCCUUUGCAGGUGUACCCGCUGGACAUCGAGGAGCACCCGGUGGAAUACGCUGUGGCCCUGCCGCCCCACCUGGACGCGUCGUCGCUACCACCGCCCAUCCACGUGGAGGCGAUGACAGUGGAAGGCACUAUGAAGCUUCUCAACCACUCCAUUGUGGACAUCAUGAGGAUAGGUGGGCACGUGUCGCUGCAUGAAGCCAUCUUCCAAGGGUGGAUCCACGCCAAACGCGCUCCGCCCGUCUGCCAGAUCAUUGUGUCGUUCCACCAUGGGGACAAGCACUACGGGAGACCACGCAACGCUCCGCUCUCUAGUUUCUCCAAGCUCCUUCCGUCUUACGCCAUGGCCGUGGCAACGCAGAUGCCGCCCUACGACAUGGGGGCCGACGGCGCUCCUCUACGCAAGGCCUUCAGCACUCCCAAGCCCAACCGCGUCUCCCGUUCGCCCAGCCCCGUCCCCCAGAAGUCAGUUCUGCAGCCUCCAGCACGCCCAGCCCAGCCACAGCAACCCGCGCUCCAGUCGCAAGGGUCCUUCGGUAGGCAGCAGCAGCCGCCGCUCUAUGUUCCUCUCCAGCAGUCUGGUGCCGCCGCGCCGUACAAAGUCGAUGGCAUGGCGGAGUUGACCUCUGCUGCCUCCGCUCCUCCCGCCGUGGCUCCCGGCGGCCUGCCGUCACCAAAGUCGGUGUUCGCUAAUCACCCCGGCUCACCGCAGCGCACCGUGGUUGAUAGCCUCUUCAAGCCGGUCGCUCCCGCCGCAGAGCUCGCCCGGCCCGGCUCUCCCGGCGCAACUGGCGAAGCCACACCUCCACAGGCCAAGCCGUUUGGAGGAAACUCGCUUUUCAAAGCGGCGGAGGUGGGAAACAUGGUGAUGCAGCAGCAGACGGCGAUGCAGGUGGCGCAGAUGACGCAGCAGAUGAACCACAUGCUGGCGGAGCUCACGGCGCUCCGCUCAACCGUGGCGGAGCUGCAGGUGCAGGUGCAGUGCGCCAAGGCGCAGGCGCAGUCGCAGGCGGUGGCGCAGAGCGAGGCGCGCGGAGCGCUGAAGGAGAGCGCGCAGCAGGUGAAGGACGCGCUGCAGGAGGGGCUGCUGGACGUCAAGGAGCUCAUUUCCUUCAAGGACGCGCAGCAGAAGGCGCGGCUGUUCAACUCGUUCAGCACGCGCGACCGCGACCCCAUGGAGCGCGUGCCUAACGACGCCGGCGAGCUGCCGGUUAGAUUCCCGACUACCCGGAAGGAGCUGACGGCCAUGUCGCUGGAUACGAUGCAGUACCUCUUCGAGUUCUACCAGCUGCCCAAGGAGCCGCAGGACACGCUCUACGACCGUCUGAUGAAGCACAUCGGCGUGCGCGUGUAG